UCCCAUUCCCAAAUCAUCGCGAAAGAAUUGAGGUCUGAGAAAACCUAGAUUCGCUUCGGAAAACAUUUGAGAGAAAAAGAAGAAGAAAAUGUCAGAAGAAAAAGUCAUCGGCUGCCACUCUGUUGCCGCCUGGACCGAGCACCUCGAGAAGAGCCACGUCAGCAAGAAACUGAUUGUGGUCGACUUCACAGCUACAUGGUGUGGACCGUGCCGGUUCAUUGCCCCCAUCUUCGCGGAGUUGGCCAGGAAGAACCCGGAGGUGACAUUCCUAAAGGUGGACGUGGAUGAGCUGAAAACUGUUUCCGAGGAGUGGGGAGUGGAGGCAAUGCCGACCUUCUUGUUCCUCAAGGAAGGCAAGGUAGUCGACAAGGUUGUGGGUGCUAAGAAAGACGAGUUACAGCUCAAAGUUGCGAAGCAUGCAACUGUUGAUGAACCCGCUACUGCUGGUGAUCCCGCGACUGCUUCUGCUUAACUUUUCGCGUUAUCUUUCGAGAAUGUGAACCUCCUACUGUGCUUUGCUAGACGUUUAUAACUUUUAUGGGUUUCUUCAAGACAUAUGAAUGUUUUAUGUAUAUGACUGAUGCCUCAUGGCAAGUAUCUAUGAAUGCUUUUAUUUUGAUGUUAAGAUGGCAUCACAUAUAUCGCUAUUGA